AUGAGACCUCGAAUCAGAGAUGCUUCAGAGAAACUCCGAUCAAACCGAACCUCCUUCGACGACGGCGACGGCGAAGGAAAGUUUCACCGGAAACACCCUCCGCCUCUCAAAGCCAUGCUCAGUCGAUGGCGGAAAUGGAUGGUUCUCGUGGCGGCGAUCUGGAUCCAAGCAUCGACGGGGACAAAUUUCGAUUUCUCUGCAUACUCUUCUCAUCUUAAAUCAGUACUCGGAAUUUCUCAGGUGAGAUUGAAUUACCUCGCCGUGGCUUCUGAUUUGGGAAAAGCAUUUGGUUGGUCGUCGGGAAUCGCUUUAGGUUAUUUCCCUCUCUCCGUCGUUCUUUUCGCGGCGGCGACUAUGGGAUUUGUCGGCUAUGGUGUUCAGUGGCUCGUCAUCACCAAUAUCAUCACUUUACCUUAUUCUCUGGUGUUUCUUUGUUGCUUGUUGGCUGGAUUGAGUAUAUGUUGGUUCAACACAGCAUGUUUCAUUCUCUGCAUUGGUCAUUUCCCGACGAAUCGUGCACUCGCUUUAUCUUUAACGGUAAGCUUCAAUGGAAUCAGUGCAGCCUUAUACUCCCUUGCUUUCAAUGCGAUUAACCCGUCGUCUUCAAAUCUAUACCUUCUGUUGAAUUCCCUUGUUCCCCUCAUCGUUUCUUUCGCUGCUCUUUUCCCAGUUCUUACUAAACCGUCUAUGGACCCUGUGCCGGACAAUGAAUCACGACGACAUGACUCUCAUGUGUUUGCCAUUAUGAAUGUCUUAGCCGUCAUCACCAGUUUCCACCUUCUCCUAUCCAGUUCGAGUGCUCAUGUGGUUGCAUCAGCUCGUUUGCAUUUUCUUGGAGCUGUCUUUCUUUUGGUUUUCCCCUUGUGUGCUCCUCUUCUCGUUUAUGCUCGGGAUUACUUUCUUCCUGCCAUUAACAUUCGUUUCAACCAUGACAGCUCUGGCUAUGUUAUGCUUAACAUAGAUGAGCUCAAGACCAACAAAGCCGGGUAUGAACAUUCGGGUACUGGGAAUCAGAAGAAUGUGAAGGAUGGGAAUGUAGUAAGACUCGGUGAUGAACACUCGUUUCGAUUGCUUAUAAGUAGGUUGGAGUUCUGGUUAUACUACGUCGCGUAUUUCUGCGGUGGCACAAUUGGUCUUGUUUAUAGCAACAAUUUGGGUCAGAUUGCUCAGUCUUUGGGACAAAGCUCUACAACCCUCGUCACAAUCUACUCUUCGUUCUCUUUCUUUGGUAGAUUGCUCUCUGCCGCACCAGAUUUUAUGCACAAGAGAUUACAUCUGACAAGAACCGGAUGGUUUGCAAUCGCACUCUUGCCAACCCCAAUCGCUUUCUUUUUACUGGCUGUAUCAACCUCACAAGUAACCGCAUUGCAGACCUCAACCGCCUUAAUCGGACUCAGCUCGGGUUUCAUAUUUGCAGCUGCAGUCUCCAUAACAUCUGAUCUCUUUGGACCAAAUAGCGUAGGUGUUAACCACAACAUUCUCAUAACAAACAUACCAAUCGGCUCGCUCUUAUACGGUUUCAUCGCUGCCUCCAUCUACGAAGCCAACGCAAGCCCAGAGAUAAGACCGGUCGUGUCAGACUCAGUCGUUUGCAUCGGAAGAGAUUGCUACUUCAAAACGUUUCUGUUUUGGGGUUUCUUGUCUCUACUUGGCCUCAUCUCAAGUCUGUUUCUGUACAUGAGAACCAAACCGGUUUAUCACCGGCUCGAACAAGACCGGGUUUCCGUAACAUCAUCAUCGUGCAAGGAACUUGAUCCAUUCUAA